AUGAUUGAUAAUCUAACAGAUUUUAAUGAUAGACUUUAUAUUGAAGAUAUUUCACUGGCCUAUAAUAGAAUAAAGAUUUUACCAAAAUUGGACAACAUAAGAAAAUUGAAUAUUAGUUACAAUAGAAUUCACAGCAUUAACAAAAAUCCAUCAAGUGACAUCCUUCAAAGCCUUGAUCUUAAUGGAAAUAAUAUUUCUGUACUAACUGAUUAUGUAUUUGCCAAUUUAACCAACUUAGAAUAUCUAUAUUUUGGCCAUAAUAAUUUAACAUCAUUGCCUUUACACAAUUCACACAAUCUUAAACAUUUAGACUUGUCUUUUAAUCAAAUCAAACAAAUCCCUGUUGGAUUUUUCAAUGACUUAAACGAACUCACAUAUUUGGACCUGUCUGAUAACAAUAUGAUUUUGGAUUUCAAUGUUUUAUUAACUUUAAAAUCGUUACAAACAAUCAACAUUAGAAAAAACAAAGUGCAAAAUUUUGAUUCCAAUAUUCUAUUAAGCCGGUUUAAAUUUUUGAAAUCUAUUACUGUAAGUGACGACUUUUGGAAUUGUACUGAGUUGACUUCUAUCAUUUACAAACUUCAUUUGAAGAAUAUAAAAUUAACUCCUGGUCUAAAUAGGAAUUAUAAUAUUUUAGGAAUAACGUGUAAAAAAGAGGAUACAAUUAAAAUUGGAAGAAAAAAUGAUGUUGCAUUUUAUCCAGCCGUAGAAAAAAUUGAUAGUAUUUUAAACAAUACUACAUUUUUUAAAUAUCUUCAAAUUGUUGCCAAACAUAUUUCUGAUUCUGAAAAUAAGUCUCUGGAUUUCAGUCAAAAUGAUAAUAUUUCAAUCAAUAAAUCAAUUAAUUAUGGAGUAAUUUCCCUUAAUAUAUUAUUAGCUAUGAUUUUGUGUUGUUUAAUAUUUUCUACCUGUUGUAAAUUUUCAAAAGAUAAAUUGUAA